UCAGAGUUCAACUUGAUGCUCGCGAUGAACGCCACCGACUACCGAAAGCUCACCGAGCACAUUGAGGGGACCAAGUUCCCGAUGGACAAUCUCAUCAAAAAAGUAUUUCUGAACAUUUUGGAGCCAAAAGAAGACCUAUGGAAUAGCAACCAAAAAAUUGAUCGGGAACGCUGGGAAACGGUCGGAAUCGAGCUUUUUCAGCGGACAGGAAUCCUGGUUUCAGUAGAUCAAAUGCGAUCCGGAUUCCGAAGUAUCAAGUCGAAUCUCGGCCAGCGUCUUCACAAUUGUGUCCAGAGCGGAAUGAGCAGAAUCCAGACUGAGCUUGAGCUUCAGAAAUGGGAGCUGUUCCAGGAUCUUCGGUUUUACUAUGACAAGCUUUACAAGUAUCGGCAGUUGCGAGCAGAACGAACAGGGAAUGAGGCGAGGAAUUCGGAGCCCGUCAGCGGAGAGGAUAUGCAAUCGUUCUUCGAAGAGCCCGAUAUGAUGUCGUUGGUUGAGGAGAAUGAUAGCGCCAUGAAGUACCUCUCAUCUCUUAUUCCACAAGUCUCAUCGACCUCGACUCCCACCAAGGUUAAGCUGGAGAAUCCAUUUCUCAAUGCUUUCGAAAACCCGAUGAAUCUGAGGCAUGAGCUGAGUCAGAUGCUCCAGGCAAGCUCGUCGAGUUCUUCAAUACCUUCACCUAUCUCUCCACCAGUGCCGAAUCCAAAAGCAGAGGAUGAGGAGAAGCCGUCUCUAAAACGCCCUCGAGAAUCCAGCCCAGCGGCAGUAGAGACAGAACGAAUAAGCCAGCAAAUCAAACGAAUUUUCGAGCAAUAUCCCGAGAAAACCAAUCUGAUCCGGUCUGUGCUCACCUACACCGUGCUUGCUUUUGAUGAGCCCGACGCGGAUUUUUCGACGGCUUCAGAGGUGUUCGGCGAUCUAGCAGCAAGGUUUCCAGUUCGGAACUCAAAGCGAUGAAUCUUUUUAAUAAUAAAAUUGUUUGUUGAUCUACGUAUGUUAUCGAAUAACUUUAUUUCCAAAUAAAAAAGCAACAUUGUAG